AUGUCAGUACACAGCUGUGAAUCGGAGGAUAGUGCCAACUGUGACGGUGCAGAAGGUGAAAGCUGUCUGCCAUGUUCUGCCGCUGAUCUCGACUCGGCUAGAUUAACUAUUGUCGUUGGAGACGAACACUUCUCUGAGGAGAGAAUGUUGCUUGUUCAGAGCUGUGACUAUUUCCAAGCUCUGUAUCGCUCUGGAAUGAAGGAAUGUCAGCAAGAAGAAAUCCAUCUCAAGUCUCUGCGUGCUCAAGGCUUCAUUAUCGCCUUGGCAGUUUUACGUGGUGAGAUGCCCAUUCUGGAUGGAGACGAUAUUGUUGAAGCUAUUGAAUGCGCUGCUUUCUUGCAGGUGACACCACUCACCAAAUAUCUUAUCAGUCUCAUUGACACUGACAACUGUUUGCUGAUGUAUCACACUGCUGCAACCUUUGGCCUCAUGGAUCUCUACCAUGCUGCUGCACUGUUCAUUCGAGACAUGUACUCUGACCUGGAGUCAGAAGUCAAGGAAACUUUACCGUUAGAGCUGAUCUCUUACGUGGAGUCUUUGACCCCGAGUGUUUUCGUGGCUGUAGGGGCGCAUGUGACCUGUGGUGUUGAUGAAACUGUCCAUGCUGCAUCCAGGACGAUCUGCUACCUGGAUGAAAUUAGCAAUAACUGGAAAGUAUUAACAGAUCUUCCUCUAGAGGCCAGCACUUCCAUGGCUGGAGUGACUGUAUUAGACAACAAACUCUACAUUAUUGGAGGAGUUCAUGGAGUCCACAAACAAGUUGUGGAUUCUUGUUUCUGCUACAGUGUUGAAAACAAAAGCUGGAGCUGCAUUCCCAGUCCCGCUCAGCUGCGCUAUAAUCUGAGCUUGUUGGGUGUAGAUGGAAAUCUCUAUGCCAUUGGAGGAGAAUAUGAGCGAAUGGUGAUGUCUUCUGUGGAAACGUACAAUGUAAAGACCAAGAUGUGGACAUUUGCUGCUCACUUACCUCGGCCAGCAGCAGGAGCAGCUUGUACCAAAACCAUGAGCCGAAUAUUUGUGUGUUUAUGGAGGCCAAUGGAGACCACAGAGAUCUACGAAUAUGUGUCAGGGAAAGACGAGUGGCGGCUUGUUACCACCCUGAUCCGGCACCAGAGUUACGGCCACUGCAUGGUCGGCCACAGGGACAACCUCUACAUCAUGAGAAAUGGCCCAUCUGACGACUUCUUAAGAUGCCUGAUGGACUGCUAUAAUCUGAGCUCCGGCCAGUGGUCAUCACUGCCGGGACACUUUGCCAACAGCAAAGGCUCACUGUUCACAGCUGUGGUGAGAGGGGACUCUGUGUUCACGCUCAACAGAAGCAUGGCUCUAGAAUACACAGUUCACAGUAAAAACUGGAAGCCCAGGCGACAGAUGAAAGGUUUCCCCAGAAGUGGAUCUGUGUGGACAUUUUUGCUUCGGCUGCCAGACGCUCUCAUGAUGAAGGAGUGACUUUCUUUGAUCUGGGAUUCAUUGGGUUGUCAGCAUCUUUUUACAUUCAGAACUGUAGUUUCAGAAGUAUUUCCUGUGGUACUGCCCCCUAUUGUUAGGGUCAGAGCAGGUUGUGGUUUGCAUAUGGGUAAAGUCCAUCCAUCCAUCCAUCCAUCCAUCCAUCCAUCCAUCCAUCCAUUCUCUAUACACCGCUUUAUCCUCACUCGGGUCGCGGGGGUGCUGGAGCCUAUCUCAGCUGACUCGGGUGAAGGCAGGGGACACCCUGGACAGGUCGCCAGUCUGUCGCAGGGCUACAUAUACAGACACACAAUCACACACACAUUCACACCUAUGGCCAAUUUAGAGUAACCAAUCCAAGCAUAUUUUUGGACUGUGGGAGGAAGCCAGAGUGCCCGGAGAAAACCCACGCAUGCACAGGGAGAACAUGCAAACUCCAUGCAGAAAGAUCCAAGGCCCAGGCCGGGAUUUGAACCGGGGAUCUUCUUGCUGCAAGGCGAAAAUGCUAACCACUAUCCUACUGUGCAGCCCUGAGUAAAGUCUCAAACACAAAUUGAUGGUGAAAAUAACUUAGCCAUCAUUUUCUCUCAUUAAAGCUCGUGUGCGGAGUUUGAAUCGCAGCGUUUCCCAAAACACUGUUGGUCCCUCCCUCUGAUUUCGCCCCUUUAUUUGUGCACGCGCGCAGUACAUGAGAGGAGUGCCCGGAGUGCUGCAGCAUCUUGCCUGUUUUGCUGUUUUCCACUCCUCUACAUUUAGUACAUUUAGUAAAUAAUAAAGGAAUUACGUUAGAAUUCUGUAUUGAGUCUAACUUGUCCUAAUACCAAAAUAACAUGAAUCUGCUAGGACUAACGAGUAAAGUUUCAAUAUGUGAUUACACUCGUGUAUCCCUCUCGAUGACGUUGUUUAUCAAACUUAGUGCAUUUACGCGUGUAUAUGUGUUACAUUGUUUAUUUAUUUCUAUCUAGAGUUCAGAAUUGCAUGACUCCUCUGACGAAGAGUAUGUCCCAGACGCCCCAACAUCUUCCUCCAGAGGUCGGGCAUCUAAACGAAGCCGUCAGACGGGCUAUGGAGGCCGUGGUCGGGGAGCGAGGCGAGCACCCCGAGCCAAAAAAUGUCCUGCAGUCUCUUGGCCUGACAAGCCGUGGGAUUGGUAACUUUUCUGGAAGUUGCUGAGCCCUGAUGCUCUCUCAGCUCCUCCACAAGCAAAACAAAUGUGCUCGCGGUUGCAUAGUGCGUAGCUCGCCCACCUCUGCAUGGGCUUGCUUGCUGUGCGCGUAACCGUUGAUUGACAGCAUGACAAAGCUGAAGCUCGAACUUGAUUGGUCGGCAGCGACCGGCGCUUUUUGGAAUAACAUGGGGGUCUAUGAGAGGAAGGCGGAGCUCAUGAAUAAAUUUUCAUAUCGCGUUAUACAAACUUUAUAUUAUAGUAUCGAACUAGACUAACACAUUUAAGCUUUGUUAAACAAUGAUACAUAAAUUGAAAACAAACGGAAACUCCGGACACGAGCUUUAAGGGUAGAGUCACAGGUCUUGUUAAGAAACAUGAUCUGCGUGCAUUUGUAUAUUAAUUUUAAUGUCAACAAAUUUCACAGAGUGACAAAAAACUAGCAAUACAAUUGUGCUACUAGAAAACAAUGGGUUGUGCACCCACAGUCUGACUUAGCUUACUUAGUUUUUCCAGAGAGCUCUGUUGCUCUGCAGAAGCACAUUAGUGAGUCACGUGGUAUGUCUUUACAAAAAUAUGGGCACUGUAGUAUAUCUAGAAACACUUCCACAGACUAAUAAAAGUGAUGACUUUCAUCAUCUCUGAAGAGCAAUUCCUGUAAUGCAAAAGCAGUUGCACUUGCCACACAUGGUUACGCUGCUUCAAUAGCUGCUUGUGCUACUUCUGUCAUCCUGGUGACUCUGGAGUUAAGUUAUUUGAGAAAGGCCUAAUGUCUCGCACAUAGUCUGCUCAAUACAACGAAUAGUGACGUAUGGAUAACACAAAA